UCUGUUUUCCAUCGCCACCUUCAAAUUUGGUCAAAUCUAUGUCAAAUCAAACAAUCAAAAUUAAAAAAAUACACAAACGUCAUACAUAGUGUGCUACAAUCAUCUCUUUGUUAAAUCAUCACCAAAUUAAUCACUAAACAUGUCUGGCCGUGAAGGAGGUAAAAAGAAGCCGCUAAAGGCACCGAAGAAAGCGUCCAGAGAACUAGACGAUGAUGACCUAGCACUAAAACAAAAACUAAAGGAACAACAGAAAGCAUUAGAAGAAGCAAAGGCCAAAGCUUCACAGAAAGGUCCUCUUGUUAGUGGUGGCAUUAAAAAGUCUGGCAAAAAGUAACAAAAUGUUGUUCCAUUUAUUGUAUAUUUAUUUAUAGGUUAAAAUUAUUGUAUAAGAACAUUAAAGA